AAAAAAAACAAUUACUACUCUUGCGUCUCUCUCCGCAGUCCGCCCCUCUCCUCUCCUCUCCUCUGAUUCGCGGCGCCGCUUGGGGGAGGCGUCAACCCCCAGCGGCCGUCUCGACCUCGAGGGACUCCCUAUCCGGUGGACGACGCAGCGACUUUUUGGUUCCCCGGAGACCUCUAAGCCGAGAUAGCCCUCGCAACCGAUCGCUGGCGACCUUCGGCGUCUUGGAGCAAAUAUCUCUGUCCAAACAGCUCAGUUUUGCUCUUUUCAGUACUGAAGAUUGGCCCAUCCCCCUCUGCUGAUGCUCAUGGAGUCGGAUAGCCCAGUUUCGAAGAAAUCAAGAUUGGUCAACUCAGUGGAUUGUGCAAUGGAGGAAGCACCUUCCAAUGCAGUGGGUGCGAACCAGAGUCUGCAUUGGACCCAGUGGCAGGUACUGGACUCCAUUCUCCCUACUGGCGGUUUCGCACACUCCUACGGUCUUGAAGCUGCUAUGCAAUCUCGCAUGGUGAACAAUCAGGAAGAUUUGAGGUCAUUUGUCAUCCAGGUCCUGGAGAACACUGGCAGCCUUCUGCUUCCGUUUGUUUACUGUGCUAGCAAGUCUCCUGAUACAGCGGCAUGGGUCAAGCUUGAUCAGUUGCUGGAAGCUACAUUGACAAACGAAGUUGGCAGGAAGGCGUCAACAUCUCAAGGCUCAGCGUUGCUGAGAGUGGCUGCAUCUGUCUUCAUCGAGAUUCAAGCACUGCAGGAUCUCCGGCGGACAUUGCUCAGUUCUAAAAACGUGUCAUUUCACCAUGCACCUAUAUUUGGGUUGAUAUGUGGGCUGGUUGGAUUCGAUAGCGAGACGGUGCAGCGGGCUUACAUGUUUGUGACGAUGAGGGAUGUGUUCUCUGCUGCAACUAGGCUCAAUCUGAUCGGGCCGCUGGCUGCUUCGGUGCUGCAGCACCAGGUCGCGGCGGAUGCUGAAAGGAUGGUGCAGAAAUGGAGGGAUCGUGAUGUCUCUGAGGCAUCACAGACUGCCCCUCUGCUUGAUGCUUUGCAGGGCUGCCAUGCUUACAUGUUCUCCAGGCUGUUUUGCUCUUGACAAUAUGGUGUGCUAUCACUUCUCUCUUUCUCUCCCUUUUUACGUGAUCAAAUGAUCUUCAAACAUGGGCACCGCUUGGAUCGGUUUAAUGAUAUAAAUGCGCCACUAAUGCUUUGGUACUAUUCUGAUGAAUUCAGUUAACUUGUGCGACAAAUGGUGACUAAUGCGAUGCAACUAUGAGGAAAUGCUUCAGCUGAGUGAUAUACAGGGACAUGAUGAGCAAUUCAUUUAACGUUUGCCUAAUCCUGCUGUGGGCAUGUGUAUUGUAAAUUUGUAAUCUUUAAGAUGGAGUAGGCUUGCCAAGUCCUUUUUGUACAAUUCAAGGUCACAGAAAACAAGAUGAAUAUGUGAUACAUCCAACCGAUGUCUAGAUGGCCAUAUGAUGCUUUUUCCUA